CGCAAGUUGACGUAACAACUUCGUGAGUGUCUUUACCAAAUAUAAAAUGAAACAUUCAUGCGCUUGUUAAUUUCGUAACACGACAACUCAUCGAGAUGACCCGUGAAGACUAUCAUUGGCCGUCAUUCCAGGUUUCAGCAUGAUAAAAACAUUCCGAAUUGUCAAAUGUUUGACGCUGCAGCUCGAUGGCGAAGCUUGACACCGGGACGCUGUGAGGAUACGCGCUGUUCGUGUAUAAUAUAAUAUAAGAUGUAAGAUGGGACCGCAUCGCGUGCCGUAAUAAUGCGCCUGAAAUUCGUCAGGGCGCUUCUGAUCCUCGCGCUGUUAGGCAACCUCAUCGUCUGGCAUAGGAUAUGGCGACUAUCCAUGGAACAAAACACCCUGGGCUUGCUGACGCCGAGCGUCACGACAAACGAGAAAGACCCACAGAAACACCAACAGUGUCUGGGCCAUCUGGUCACCAUUGUCAUCAGACAGUUCGAGAAUUUCGAAAACGAUGUGGCAUCCAUGGUGGAGUCAGUUUUGAAUUCUUUCCCAGGGAUACCCGUCUUGAUAGUCUGCGAUGAAUUGCCCUAUCCGCCACUGGAGCUGGACUUUGCCAACGAGAGUAUGAGGAAUGUCAAACUGAUCAGCUUAAAGCCCGAGUUCAAUAAGUCCUCCGAGGAAAGGAAUCCACUCUUCUAUAUACGUACCAAGUUUGUUCUAUUCUUACCUGAUGCAACAAGAUUGUCGAAUAAGCAAGUUAUACAGGAUACUAUCGCGCAAGUGUCAAAUUUAGGGAUUGUUAUUGUACCAGUGGGAAAGAUAGCCUUACAUUGUCUUGAAUUAGAUUUAAAAGUGAGAGAAUGGAGUUUGAAGAUAGCACGAGUUAUGGGAAUGGAAUGUGAUAGUGUAAUAGGCAAACAUGUUACUAUGCUUGAGGCAAAAAUUUUGAGAAGAUUGUCAGAUCCAUUCUUGCUGCCUUUCACGGACGCGUUGUACAUUCAGACAACAGCUAUUGGUGCGAAGGUACAUAUAUUGAAAAACUAUCAGUUCAACGAAGGAAAGCCGUUGUACAGAAACCAACAGGCACAGUCCAAGGUGCAGCAGCUGUAUCGUACGCGUGAGCGAUUGAUGUUCCAGAAAUUGGGGAUAAAGAAAGUUACAAGGUCUUCCGGCUCCGUGGAGUGGUACGGUUGUUCGCGAGAAACUUCGAGAUGUUUUGGUUCAGUAAUAAACGGUGUGCCGUCGUAUCUCUAUCAACAUCGAUACACGCCGCCCUGUUGUUUGGCCGGAUUGAGAAAAGUCACCUCUCACGUUAUCGACAAACUGGAGGAGGUCGGCAUACGAUUCUGGUUGGAGGGCCAAUCAUUGCUAGGAGCGAUGAGGCAUGGCGAUAUCCUACCGUGGGAUCACGAGGUACAAAUCGGAUUGAACCGAGACGAUUUGGCGAGAUCGCCGUGGUUGGUCAGAGCUAAGAGCAAGCCAGUCGUUGAUGAUGACGGUUUCAUUUGGGAGAAGGCGACGGAGGGCGAGUUCUUCAAGGUACAGUACUCCAAGGUGAACCGUUUGCACGUGAAUCUGCUGCCGUUCUAUACGCGCAACGGAUCCAUGACGAAGGACGCGUGGUUUCUGAAGAAUCGGGACUUCCCAGAGCACUUUCUUCAUCCGAUGUCUAGCAUCGAGUUCGCCGGUAAACAAGUGCCAUGUCCAAAUAAUAUUAGAGACUUCUUAGAGCUUAAAUACUUUAAGGGGGUGAUAGAGAAUCCAGAAUUACCGGAAAUCGAUGCUUCAAGAGUCAAGCUACGUUUAUCGCUAUCGAAUUGAUGACUAUAUUGAAACAUUACGUAUUUAACGACAUUAGGAAUUAUCUAUGCAUGAAAACGUUAAUAUCUAAAUAAAAAUUACAAUUUGAUAAUGUCUUUCGUCUACAGUGAAGACUUGUAAACAUUUCUAUUGCCUUAUUCGGACCCUACUUUAGUAAGAAAUGAUGACAAAUAAUUGUUGUUAUCUUUGAACAACUCAACAUAGUAAAAGUCAUAAAUUUUCUUCUUGCAUGACCUGUUAAUAUAUUG